AUGACGAAAAUGCGCAGCAACGUUAUAAGAAUAUUGAUUGUUAUUUCGCUCGCUGCUAUAACACACGUUGUGGCCGAGGUAUGUGAAAUGUUAGACCAGUGUUCGUGCAGGAAGGAAAAUGGGAAGAUCAUUAGUUUAUGGGACAUCGAUGGAGGUUCCAAGGAACCAGCGUAAGUAAUACAAGUCCUUCAUUAAUAUCAGAUAUUUUUUGAAAAAUGAUUGAUAGAAAAUUACAGAGGUAAAGAAGUCGUAAAUAACCAUAAAUGUCUCUCGCACUGCACGUUGUCAAGUGAACGUUGAAUGUCAAGGUUCGCCCGAUUAUAAAAUAUUUUAAGGUCAGAAUGAAAUCGAAUUGGUGAUUAGGAAAGCAAAGUUUUGAAUUUAUCAUGGUGGAAAGCAGAGAAAAAGCUUCGCUCACUAGUAAACAUAUAAGCAAAACGCUAAGGUCACGCACAUUUUAGGUUAAUGCGCUAUCGUUUGUCACGCAAUCCUUUUGGAUGACUGUUGUCACGCUUGUCCUCCUUUCUUUCUCAUACAGUAAAUCACUCCCACGGCUGGAUGUGUCUUUUUGUUAUUUGUGAAUGUACAGAGCUUCAUAAGAGUCUUUGGUAAAUUCAUGGAAUUUUGGGAACUAAAAAAUAAAAUGACGUGUAGGAAGGAGGGAGGGGUUACAUCCUAAUCAGUUAAAUUAUGACGCAGAUGUGCUGUAAUCCCUAAACUAUGAUUAGAUCGAGUGCUUUUAGUCAAUUUAGUCGAGUAUCUAUAUUUCCAAUAAAUGAACGGUGGUCACCCAAUUAUUUGCUUGAAACUAUCUUCAAUCCUGGUUAUAAUUGUUGAAACAUUUCUCCUUCCUCUUUCAAAGACGAUUAAAGAAAAAUUUGACCGCCCAGAGAAAGUUCGUCAUUUAGAGAGGAGCCGGGUGACUAAGCAAGGUGACUAAGCAAGGUGCUCAUUUUUUCUCCUUUUCAGCUUCAAAGGCCUUGUAGUUCUGAGCCCUCCGGGUGUUGUAUACAAAUUUGAUUGGAAUCCAUGUACGAAGUUUAGUGCAGGAGCUGGAUGCUCAAAUGUGUUUGUGAGUACAUUUGAGAAUAUGAGAAGAUAGUAAGGGAUCGGUCAAUAUUUAUCCCUGGCGGGGGGAGGGGGUAAGGGGGAUCAGACGAUUUUGAUUGUGUCGUGAUAAAAUUUUCCUGAUUCCUCCAAUAACAAGAAAUUAUAUUUUUUUGCCCUCCCCCCCCCCAUUGGCGGUUAAUUUGUAAUCAAAUUAUUAUAAUUUCUCGUUAUAUUCUAUUGAUGACGACUGAUCCCCUCGAAAACCAUGUGAUCUUACUGAAAUCUCCAAGGCUAUGAAUGAUGACCGGUUCCAAAAUCAAUCAAUCAAUCAAUCAAUCAAUCAAUCAACCAACUCAUAACCCACCCAUCCCUGCUCUCCUUCCUUUCUACCAUCGGUCGCUUCCCUGGUACAAAUUUAUUUUUCUCCCCAGCCUUCCCUUGCUGUUAAAAUAUAAAAGAUGACAGCUCUAAUUUUCAAUAAGGAGGUAGUAAACACUUGCUUGCUUAAACCACGCUUGCUCUGUAGGCUAAUGUGGCAUAAAUAUUCUUGUCACUGAGCGUUACGACGGCGGUAGCUUAUUUUCACACAGUAAAUAAGGAAUGAUUGUGAAUAAAAUCCCUGGCAGGAAAAGGUCAAUAAACGAACUGAGGUUCGCACAUUUACUUCAUUACACUGUAAAUCGUGUAUAAGCUCGCAAUCGUUUAUCCGGAGUUAGAGUUAGAGUGGACGGCUUUGGAGGGAGUUGAAAAGACGAUUUCUAUUACCGCAAGUUGGCAAGGUGUUACUCGAAUCGCACUGCGCAAGUCAGCUUGAAUCAGAGUUAUUAGCUUCAUCGCGACCAGUUAUCAGGAUUUUAUUAAAUGACAGCAACAGAUUUAUCUUUGCUGUCCCCAGUUACCUCAGUCUGAAUGGAGUUAAGUAAGGAGUGUAGAAAUGAGAGUCCAAAAAAAAUUUGACAAAUUAAAGUUUUUCUGGCUGAGUUAUAGGUGUUCAAGGCAGAAAAGGUUUUGCUUUAUUUUCUGCUUCAAUUUCGUUUUACUUACAAGGAAGUACAUAAGUUCAGAAUCAAACGAUUUGCACUCUACAAUACAUUAUAUACAUUACUCACAAUGGUUUGUGGCAUCGUUUACAAUGGUCCCAUAACAACCAUAAAACAAUCAUGUAACUUUCAGAGAAAAAUUGAACACCGCACACAGAAGCUGACAGUACUGAAAAUACUUGCAGUGCCCAAACUUGCAGUAUUUACAAUAUUUAACUGCUUGAUAACUACUGGCGCCAGUAGUAACAAGUAAUGAGAACAAAUACUCGCAGUACUGAGUGGUAAUGAUGAAAAUAUUGCACAACUUUUAAAACUUAUUCUGGAUACUUAAUUUAUGAUUAAUUAAUUGAAAGCCAACAAGUAUAACACUUAAAAAUAGUACCAAACAAUCGAAAUAAAAUACCGAAUAAGGACAUUCAAAUAUAGAAUCUUCGCUGAUACACUUCUAAAUUCGAAAGGAAAGUAUAGUAAAGCUUUGGAAAAGCAGGGGGAAAACGGAAAAUAACGGCCUGGAAAGGAUAUACAAGCUUAAGUUAAAAGCAUAAUUUUUUAUGAAAAUUAUUAAGUUACAAACUAUAAAAGAAAAAAAAUGUAUCAAUCCUUUGUUAUAAAUGCUUUAUCCUAAAAAAAAAGAGAAAAACAGAAAAAACCCUUUCACUUGCUAUUAUUUGCCGCUUCCUUAACAGGGUGUUUUAGAGCCAAUACAAACAAAUCGGAAACUAACACUUUGAUUAGAGGAAGUGGUUAAAAAUCCCAACCGGUCAGAGGCAAACCACUUGGCUUUAUUCAAAGCGCAAGCAAGGAGUUGAACUCGGGGCAACCGAUAACAAAUGCAGUUGUACCCUGGACCAUCAGAUUACAAGUUUAUCACAAUAACUAUUCGGCAACACAGACUCCUCGUUUCUCAGCUAUGAAAAUGUAAAUGUAUAGCCAGUUAAGUUAACCGUUCUCAUUUCAACCUUAGCCGAUUAAAGCAAUGCAAAAUGCGAUGAGACAAUAACGUCAAAAUCAAACCUUAUUCUUGGUUGGAUCUCAAUGAUUUAUGUGAGAUGUUCCUGAGAUCCGAAGUAGCAGAUCGACUGGGGUGAUACGGUUGUGAGCACAGCAAAAUACUUGUACUAGAUCUUCUCUAAAUCCUGGAAUCCGUAGAGCGUAGAUUGGGGGAUUCAAAAGCGAGUUGGCCACGUAUGUCAUUAGUACAAAUAUAUCAAUAUAAAAAUUCUCUCUCUCUUUUAGCACACUCCCUCGAAUGGAAAUGGAUUUACUAGACCAGUCAUAAGUUUGCUAAAUUCGCACGGCCUGGACCAUUUUCCGCUUUGCGAGGGCUCCUCGAGCGCGCGUGAACAAGCAAUCACUGCUACCCACUUUGUACAUUGUCCUUUGGACUCGGGCGAUCACCGAUCGGCCUUGAGGUGUCUUUAAAAUUUGGCCUUAAUGUUCACAUAGAAUAGAUGGCUAAUUAUUAAUAACUGUAAACUAUUAGGCAUUAUAAAAUAAUUCAAAUAGUACGCUCGCUCUGAUUGGCCAUAAAACCAUUUUACAUGAGCGUAUGUAAACACGGUUUUCGUUCCUCUUUCAUUAGUUAUUUUACUAUUUUACUCGAUAAGCUGGAAACCACUCCGCUUCGCGUCGUGGUUUCGUGGUUUCCUACGCUUAUCUCGUGUUCUCCCAACCUCCCGCGUGUUUACAUCAGGCUAUGUAAACACGGAAACCAUUUUACAUUUCUUCAGUAUUGUAUUAAAUAUGAUUAACUCUCUAAUCAAAUCUUCUUUUCUAGAUGUGUGAAACAACGUCCUCUAGCCCAUAUGCCAACUCUGUAAACAAAUUUACAAUUGAAAGUGAUGGAACAACCAACAUAGUUUAUAACAAAAUUGGAGGGGGUGACCACGAAAGGUAUGCUUAUUUCAAUAUUAUCUUAUAGCGAGAAUUUCGAAAAAUAAGCUAGUAUUUCGAAAGCCUCAGGUUUUCGUGGUUUCGUUACAAUUGUUUGUACCUUCAGAAAUCUUUUACAUUCUAGGGAGGUUACUAUCAAUCUUAAGUGUGACAAAAACAAAUACCCGGGGGAAAUGGAUGGCAUCUCCAUAAGAGGAACAACUGCAGUAAGUUCUAUUGUCUCCUUAUAUGAGAUUCGAUGAUAAGAACUCGUCUUUAGAUGUUCGACGUCUUUUCUUUCUUCUUUGUGUCGUUCUUUUUUCUGAUAUUCGCUCUUUGUAUUUCUUUUGUUCUUUACUUUUAUUUAUUCCUAUUCCUUUUUCCGUGGUUCUCUCAAGAAACAAUUCAACGUAUGCAUGCUUACAGUGGCAAUGUCACCAUUUUCAGUUGCUGUGUGAGUGAGUAUAUAUAUAUAUAGUAGAAUGUAUUUCUUAUCACUUUACCCAUUCUACAGGAGAGAAUGUCAAAGAAGCCGAAACGUUUAUCUGGCCUCAGUUUGUGUUAGGUUGCUUUUCGAUUGAGGGCAGUCAAAUUAUUACGAAUUGUAAUGAAUAGAGAAUAAUACAUGGGCGCGCGUAGAUAUGGAAUUUAUCUCUGAGUGUUUAAUUCGAUAGCUCACGAGUGAACGCAGCGAACGAGUGAGAUGUCGAGUUGAACUCGAGAAGGGAAAUUUCAUAUCUACAAGCAACCAUGUAUUAUUUUGUUUAUUAUAUGAACACAACAGCCCUUUACUGACAAGAAUUCAACUUUAUUAACGAAUGAAAAUAAAAGGAUUGACAAUUCCCGAAUAAAAAUCGUUCAGUACGUUGGCGCUAAGGCUCAAGCUGAAAAAAGCGGUGCAACGCUACAAAAACAAACAGUGGGCGUAAUUUUCAAUAUACAAAAUUCUCAGCUAUUGACUUGGUCCUUACCGAUAGAAGAAAUCUUUCGGGCACACGGCCAAAAUCGUCUAGAGGCAAAUCUUUCAGCUGUCGAUUUUCGUUCUCAGCCGAGAGAAAUGCCACUACCAAAGCCAUUGAAUAACGUAUCUUUCGGUUUUUCUUUCCGUAUUUUGGUUUUCUUCCUCUACUAGGAGAGUUUGAACGUCACUGUCUGUAAGCGAUACUGAUUUUUCAGUGUUUUGGCAGCCAUAAUCCACAAAAAUUUUCGACAAACGAUCUUGGAUUGAGAAUAGUGAAAGCUUCGCCGUUCAUCCCUCAAUCUGACCGAAUGGCGCGAAAGGCGAGUGACGUGUCAGCAGCUAAUUGGCGAUAUCAAGUACUCGCGAAAAAAUACGAUAUUUUUUUACGUGUGUUGUUAAAUCCAUAGUUUAUAGGAUAAUCACCACGCCCAUUGGGUACAUAAGAGAAACACUACAAGGAACCAGUGAGAAGUCAAAGGGGGGUUGGUUUUAGUUUUGCAUCUGUUCCCUGAGGAAGAUGAGAGGAACGUUUUUAGUCCAGUCAAAGAGCAUUAAGAGACAAAACCAAUGUAAUCCUGAACAACUUUUAACAUUUGAUUGGAAAUUGUUCUAUGGCUUAUUCGGUUGAAUAUCGCACCUUUUUAGUCAAUCACGUAUUUAAGGGCUAAAGUGCAGUUUAAGGAACAAAUACUGGGUCAAGAAAAUUUUGCCAGUUGCUAAAAUUUGUCCUUUCAUGCAUUGUAAGAUUGUGCAAAGCAAAAUUGAUUGACGAGUAUUUAUGAUAACGCACUGCGCGCAGAGGCAUAAUUGUAAAAUAUUUACCUGCGUUCAGUUGUUCAAAGGGCGGAUGACGCUCUCCGACGCAUAACUAACCAGCAGAGAAUAGGUAACAAAACGUACUGCACUAUCCGCUGGAUAGGGAUUUAAUCAGCGUAUAGCGCUAUCCACCCUUCGAACAAACUGGAGCUGAUUGUUUUGUUUAACUUCCUUUCAAUCUAUCCUUAUCGUGUUUCUUUUAUUCGCAAUCCUUUUUUGGAAAUAAGAAAAUGAAUUACGAUACAACAAGCUUGAAGUAAGUCGAUUCCGAUUUUUUAUUGCCCCAUUUUUUCUUUCUUUCUUUGUCUUUUCUUUAUUUUUUUUGCUUGCAUCGCCUUUUAUCCUGCAACUGCCUGCCUUCUUUUCUUUUUUUUUCUUCUUUCGCUUGUUUGAUUAAGAAAAGUCAAAGGGAAAUCUUAUUUAGCUGUAUUUCCAUUCAUAGUCUACACGCCUAACGUCCAAGUGCGCUUGUGAAGAUAGCUGCCCUCAUCCUGAUUUUAGUAUAAAAAACGGGCUCAGCAUUGGAAGCAUCUUGUUGAUAGUGUAAGUGCAUACUAUUGUUGAUCCUAUGACUGUAGCUUCGAUUCCAUUUAUGGAAGUUCAGUUCGUACCUGGUGGUGUCCGACGCUCCAUUGCAGUCGCGCUAAUUUUACGCACAAACUGAUCUCAAUGUGUGUAAACCUAUAAAUCAUUAAUCGUUGAGCAGGGGUGUCUGCAUAUGACUUCAAGAUCUAUUUGCUAUGUUGAAAUAUGCUCCACUAAUUGGCAUUGCUGUGGUGAAAAUAAUAUUAGUAGCAAUAGAAUUCUACCUUGCUGACGAACUCAGUUAUGAAUGUCUAGUCGCCAUCAGGUGAUGUACGCGUACCAAUCAAGGAGGUUAUCGUGAAUUAUAUAACCCUCAAAUGGAGAUAUCGUGGGCUGUGGUUAAAAAACCAGUACUCAAAGGGAUCCCAAUGAUUAUUUUGAGGGAGGUUGUGGAUGUGUAGGCUAGAAAUUCCCAGAGAGGUGAAUUUGAAGUUUAUACUGUCAUGAAGUAUUAACAUAGUUUAUAAUUAUAGUUAAUAAUUUAGUUUGUCAUUUCACUAUGAUUUAAUCUUUCGUUUAUAUUAAGAUUGUAUUUAACGUAUGAAUUAGAUUUCCGAAGUUGUAUGGGUUUUGAGCUGUCGUGAUGAGUUUCCGAAUUGUAACAACCUUGGCUAACUUCCUUAAGUGGACGUGCUUAGUCUGUUUACUGACUUAGCUUCUGACCCACACGAAAGUUCAUGUUUUGGCUGAACGCAGGCAGAGGUUGAUCCAGUUGAUCGGAAGUGUUGAUUAAGUACUUUGUUGUUCAUUACGAAAGUUGUUUGGUUUAGUGUUUUAACAGGAAAUGUUUAAUCUCCCAAGGUCAGCCAGCGGGCAUGACCACCCAUAUCUAUCAGUAGUGAAUAUACAAGCAUGAUGUUCUUUAGAGCUAACUUAGGAGAGAGGAGAGAAGAGAAAGAGAGCAUACUAAAAGAAUGUAGACAGUGUGCAGAAGAGUAGCGUCAGAAUUCUGUAGCUGAAGAAGAAGUCUUCAGUGAGAAUCAGUGUGAGAGCUUAAGAGAUUCACCAGAGUUACACAGAAUGAAAUAAGCUUAUAUGGUAGAAGAUUUGUAUACUGGAGAACCGAGUAAUGAAAGAAAAAAGUGAAAAAGACAGUUUGAGAGUCUUGAUGCCUUUUGCCGAAUGCUAGUUCCCGCCCGAAAUUUAAUAGUCUUAACAAUACAAGAAAGCUCUACAUCCUGCAAAUUUUUUUAUCUUUAUCUGUGAUAGGUUUUUUCCAUUACUUCUACUGUAUUUCAUGGCUGGUUUAUUAUAUAAUAAAUUCCACAAGGGUGUUAACAGCUUUCCUGAAAUGAUCCCCAACCAUUCUUUUUGGGGCGAAUUUCCAGUGUUAGUUAAGGUGAGUCUGUGAUAUGGUCAUUAAAAUGGUUACGGUACGGAUGUCUGAUUUUCUUAAAGUUCAUGUUUGUUUGAUUGUUUUUAUUUUUGAUGUACUCUCUGGAAAGGACAUUUUUAAUUUUUUUUAAUUUUGUAUUUGUCAAGAGAUAAAGAAAGAGAAAGGAACCAAGGUAUUUCUUCUUUGUUUGCUUUUACAGGAUGGCUGUGUUUUCACUUUUCGAGGAAUAGCUGGCUUUUGUCAACGUUUGUUCUUGAAAGCUAAAGGGGACUCCUAUGCUGAAAUUUAA